UCGAGUCAAGUUGUCGACACCGCUCAUGAUUGUCCUUAUUUUAGUUAGUCCAUGCACAUUUAUCUACACUUUUCCUGGCUAAUUUCUCCACGAUAAUAAUUAUCCUCCAGUAAAUCACUUAUAUUUUCCGGUGGAUUUUUCGUUCCCUUUGAGUUUUACCGGUCGCGUGUUCUCUCGUGAAAUUUUUAAUCCUACUUAAAAAAAUAAUCUAAUUAUUAUAAUAAAAACAAUAUUAAAAACUGGUGAGUGGUUUGUGAACGUAUAAAAUUCUGUAUAAUUACGUGUGCCGAGAUAAAAUAACGAUUAUUUUAUUUCAUUAAUUUUCUAAUAAAUUCAGUUUGUUUUGUAACCUGAACACCACAAGUGGAAGAUGUAAAUGACCAAAGGUUGGUGGUGGUGGUGGUGGCGGCGGCGGCGGUGUGGCGGCGGUGAUCGGUUUCUGGAAUGAUGAAGAUUGAACAGGAACGUCUAGAGUGUAUCACCGCCGAGACAAGUCGGAUUGCCAGUGGCGGUUUGAUCCCCCCGUGAACGGUUGGGGGGCAACCGUGCGAUGGCGACGCCCCCCGACAGCCCCAAUUUCGAAGAGGCGGCUUUAUUAGAGCUCGAGGAACAGCUAGACAACUCGUCUGCCUUCCAACACGCAAGGCCAGUGGCCCUCGAAGACCUCUGCCGACAGACCAAGUUCACCAGGCAGGAAAUCCGCAUCAUGUACAGAGGAUUUAAGCAGAAAUGUCCGGAAGGAGUUGUACACGAAGACCUAUUCAAAGAUAUCUACUCCAAGUUUUUUCCUCACGGAAAUUCGAAUUUAUAUGCUCAGUUUGUGUUUAAAGCAUUCGAUGUCAAAUGCAACGGCGCUAUUAGUUUUAAGGACAUGCUGAUGACACUGUCCAUAUUGCUCCGUGGAUCCAUUUACGAGAAACUCCGGUGGACUUUCAAACUGUACGACUUGAACGGCGAUGGAUGCAUAACCAGAUCUGAGCUCGGUCAAAUAGUGUUAGCCAUACACGAACUCAUGGGCAAGAGACCGCAAGGUCGCAACAAUAGCAAAACAAAAGAUCAAACCGACAUUGUAUUCCAAAAACUCGAUAUCAAUCAAGAUGGCGUGAUCACGUUCGAAGAAUUUAUCGAAUCUUGUUUAAAGGACGAGGCGAUCACUAAUUCAUUGCAAGUGUUCGACUCGCGUUCGCUAUGAUUAUCGCUAUCCUCCGUCGAUUCCGUGGAAAUAUCACUCCUGUCGUGUGACCAGUCCGAACAGGAACAGGAACAGGGACAGGAGGAACAGGCGGCGGAGGAUCGAUACGGCCGAACGCUGUCGGCGAGCAACCAGCGACAGUCUUCCCAAAACUACUCGUUUUUCGAUAUUUAAUAUUGUAAAAAAAAAACACAACAUUUAUAUAAGUACUUAAUCGUGUAGAUUUGUGUAACCGUUUACAGUUUGGGCUUUAAAAACUAUUUUUUUUUAGGUUUUAAGUACGUUAUAUAGUAAUAAAUCGUUAGCAAUUGUCGUUGGAGUGCUCAUAUUGUGUAUUAUGUAUAUUAUUACUAUUAUUAUUAUUAUUAUUAUUAUUAUUAUUAUGUAAUACUUUGGCGCCAUUUAAUCGUUCGGUCCGUCCUAUACAAACAUUGUUACCGUACAAAACUAAACGCUAAUACCAUUUAAUUAACAUUCAUACAACCGCCUAUAUAUAUAUAUAUAGAGUUAAAUAGUAACAAAUAAUAACAUUAAUGACACGCUAGCGGUUUAAGUCGUUGUAAAAUAGGUUUUUUUUUUUUGCGAACACAAUCGAUAUACAUAUAAAUAUAAUAUAUUAUAAUUAUUUAUAUGCAAUAAUCAUAUUAGGUAUCAAACGCGUUUUUAUAACAAUAUACUAUGUAUUUUUAAGUGUAUUAACAUUACCCUCAGCCUAAUUUUCAGACCUUAACUUUUAGAAUUUGGUUAAAGAAAACUUUACCUUGUUGGAGUUAUGUGGUUAUUCUCAUGGUAUUUUUUUGGGGCUAUUGUCGAUAUCAAGAUGAGGUAUGGGAGAAAUAGGGCUAUAGCCAUUUUGGCCUUCCAAACUACCGACCAUAUGCGAUUACACUGAUCUAUAACACUUAAAAGUAACUAACAAUAUAGGUAAUAUAUUACCUUUGUAUUAUUGCCCAAACAGCAAUAAUACAAAAUUUAAAAAAUAUUUUACUGAGUAAUUUGAUAAUUGUCACAAUUUAUCUAAAAUAGUUGCAUCUCAUACAAAAAAUAUGUUCAACUAAUUUCGAAAUAUCCUCAAAUAUGAUUUCAGUAUUUUUGAAUAUGAUAUAAUA